GUAAUAUGUAAUGUAAAUGUCUGAAAUUUUCAUAAUUUUUAUUUAUAAAUGAUCAACUCAUGUCUUAGAUAUACCAAUGUUUUUGUGUUCUCGCAUAAUCUUGACGUUACAAGGUGAAAGAUAAAAUGAAAGACAUGCCUCGUUAGGUCUAGGUACAGUGACGUAACACAGGGACACCCUGAACCCAGUCAAUCAGUUUUCGUUGCUGGUCAUGGAUGAGCUGUAAUUGUGACCAGGAUUUCGUGCAGCACCCACGCGGUAACCUCGUGGCAGAUUCGCAGUUCAACGCUAGCAUUUUAAAAACAAAUCAUGGAAUCCAAAGACACUAAAGUUGACAUAGAAUUACCCAAGGGUUGUUGUAAUUCAUGUUGCCACAGACUUCGAAGGUCCCGCCAUCUAGUGGUGUUCAUACUGUUUAUGGCAGUAUUGAUGGACGUUGUCCUAACAACAAGCAUUGACCCAAUAGUGCCUGACGUUAUACAUCGAAUCAUGGGAGAUGCAGACGCCAACACGAGCGUGCCGAUGGUAAAGUCGUCGUCUCCUGUUAACAAUACUGUCAGAGAUGAGAAAACUGUCGGCAAUGAAAACGGUUUCACGGAGACCAGCAGAGGAAUGGAAAUUGGCAUAGUUGUGGGUGCUAAGCCUUUCGCAGAGCUCUUCUUUAAUCUCGUCGUAGGCUGUUUGGUGGAGAGAGUCGGUCAUCGUUAUCCGAUGAUUCUAGGUUUUGGCAUCAAUUCUGUUGCCACUGCAGUAUUUGCUUUUGGCACUAACUUCCCAACCCUGGUAAUGGCAAGAGUUCUUCAAGCGAUUGGCUCCAGUAUGUCCGUGGUAGCAGGCCUGGUGUGCCUGGCAUCAGCCAUCCCAGACGACGAGCAGCGUGUUAAAGCCAACAGCAUGGCCUUCAUGGGUAUCUCUAUUGGUGUCAUAAUCGGGUACCCUUUUGGCAGCGCCACCUAUCAAUUUCUAGGACAAGCUUCACCGUUUUUGAUUUUGGUUGCAUUCAACAUUUUAAGCGCACUGCUCCGGCUAUGGAUCGUAACACCUGAAAUAUCGAAGGUUGAAGACAACUGCUCCAACAUUAUAGAAUUCGCUCGGCUCAUGAAGGACCCAUACGUCCUUAUUGCACUGGGUUGCAGUUUCGUCUCAAACUUCGGUUUAGGCAUCUUCCUAGGGACGGGCCCUGCCUGGAUGCUAUACAAACUGCACGCGGAACAGUGGACUGUUGGUGUGGUACUGGCAGUUGCCGUCUUCUUCCACCUCACUGCCCAGUACAUUACGGGGGCAUACUCUAUGCGGUUUGGAAGGUGGUUAUUUUGCAUGGUGGGUCUUAUGCUUUCUGCCAUUGGAAUGGGGGUGUAUCCAUUUGUAAGCAAUGUGUGGGAAGUCCUGGGCCCCGAAAUCAUUGUCCGCAUUGGUCAGGGAACAGUUCUCAGCGUUAUAAGUCCACUCCUUGGUCAUCUGGCGGACAUCCGGCACCACGGCAACUACGGUGGAGUAUACGGUCUUUAUACUACGUCUUAUAACUUAGGAUUAAGUAUAGGGCCAGUGUGUGGUGGUUCUUUAGUAAAAGUGCUAACUUUUGACUGGUUAUACCGCGUUACUGCAGUCAUAAUGUUUCUCUACGCUUUCACUUCGCUGGCAUUCCGCGACACGCCUGCUGUCCAGCAAGGAAGCCCACCGAAACAGGUACUAGUUUCCCCUUUGACGUUUUUUUUUUACGAGUUAAUCUUUUUCAACAUUCCAUUCUUUGUGAUUUCUUAAAUGAACAUGUGCCUUUGCUGCG